AUUUAUCAGGGAUUAUCAUAUGGAAUUGUUUGUAAUUAAAGAGGUUUUUAUGAACAGUUCAUGCAGAAAUCAAGAUCUUGUUAUCUGUAAUUUAAUGUCUCCUUGUUUCAACAUAAAUUUGUAACACAGCUAUGUGAGCUACCGAAGCUUACAAACGUCACAAUGGUGAAGCAUAUACUCUUGUCAUGGUUAUUGACUUUGGCAACAAGUGUGGUUGCGUACAAAAACCCGCACUAUGUGACCGGUCGUUCUGUCAACGUGCAUCUUUUCGAAUGGAAAUGGAACGACAUUGCUGACGAGUGUGAGCGAUUCUUGGGACCUAGAGGCUUUGGAGGAAUACAGAUAUCGCCCCCCAACGAGAAUGUUGUGCUAUGGACAUACAACAGACCCUGGUGGGAGAGAUACCAGCCGAUUUCAUAUGAGCUAGUAACUCGCUCAGGAAAUGAAAGGCAAUUCGCUGAUAUGGUGAGGAGAUGCAAUGCUGCUGGAGUUAGGAUUUACGUGGACGCCGUCAUUAAUCAUAUGACUGGCGAACCUCCAGAGAAUAUCGGGACUGCGGGUAACACUGCUGUUUACCGGGAAUGGUAUUACCCUGCUGUUCCAUACCGAGCGGAACAUUUCAACUGGCCUCACUGUGUUAUUGAUGGUUCUGACUACGUCAAUGACGCUUUGAGGGUACGCAACUGUGAGCUGGUAGGCUUGAAGGAUCUCAAUCAAGCUAAUGAGCACACCAGAAACAUGAUUGUCAAUUUUAUGAACAAACUCAUUGACUUAGGUGUCGCCGGAUUUAGGAUUGACGCAGCAAAACACAUGUGGCCUGAGGAUCUGCUUAUUAUUUACAAUCGUUUGAACAAUCUUAACACUGCCCACGGCUUUCCGUCCAACGCUCGGCCCUACAUCUAUCAGGAAGUCAUUGACUACGGCGGUGAGGCAAUCAGUAGGGACGAGUACACUCCUAUUGGUGCUGUAACCGAAUUCAAGGCCGGCAUGGAACUUAGCAGAGCAUUCAGAGGGAAUAAUCAACUUCGUUGGUUAUCAAGCUGGGGAACGCAAUGGGGCCUUUUAGCCCACAGUGACUCCUUAACUUUUAUUGACAAUCACGAUAACGAAAGGGGACACGGAGGUGGAGGAGGAGUCCUCACGUACAAAGAACCACGUCCAUACAAAGCCGCUAUCGCUUUCCUACUUGCUCAUCCGUACGGAGAGCCCCAGAUAAUGAGUAGUUUCCUGUUUUGGGAUUCAGAGAUCGGACCACCUAUGGAUCAUUCGGGAAAUAUUAUAUCACCUGCUAUCAACUCGGAUGGAACCUGCGGUAACGGUUGGGUUUGCCAACACCGCUGGAGACAGAUUUACAGCAUGGUCGCCUUUAGGAACGUGGCAGGAAACACUGAUGUCGUUGAGUGGUGGGAUAAUGGCAGUAAUCAGAUUGCCUUCUGUCGAGGCACUAAAGCUUUUAUUGCUUUCAAUAACGACCGUUGGGACCUUAAUCAGAGUUUGCAGACUUGUCUUCCAGCGGGUAGUUACUGCGACGUGAUAUCUGGCAGUAAAAUUGGUAGUUGGUGUCAAGGUAAAACCGUGACUGUUCAGAGCGACGGACGAGCUCAAAUUCAAGUGGGUGCCAACGAUUAUGACAUGAUGCUGGCCAUCCAUGUUGGACCCGAGAGUCGCAUAUGAUAACGAAGACGAAGAUAAUGUAACCCCAAAAGCUAUUGAAAUCUUUUUUUAAAUAAAAACUAUUUUGAGUUCCU